AUGUGGUUGACCUCUACUCUCCGGAUCGCCUCGUUGGUAUCAACUGCCUACGCGGUUCAGCCAUGGCUCGACAAGACACUCAAUUACGAGGAGCGCCUCUCGUCUUUCAUAGCUCAGCUCAAUGAUACACAAAAACAUGCCAUGGUCCAAGGCGACACCGAACUGACAGAUAAUGGAACCGGCGUGAACGCAUGUAUCGGACACAUCCAAGGGAACUCUUCUCUCGGUAUCCCCGGUAUCUGUAUGGGCGAUGGGCCCGCCGGAGUCGGCAACUCUCUCGACAAUGUCACUGCUUUCCCGGCUCCGGUUGUGGCGGCGAGCUCUUGGGACACGUCCAUACAGUAUGAGUUUGGCCAGGCACUUGCACAAGAGCACAUGGGCAAAGGCCGCAACAUCGUCCUUGCGCCCACCAUCAACAUCCUUCGCUCUCCCUUAUGGGCUCGCGCUGCCGAAACUCUGUCCGAAGACCCAUGGCUGACCACGCGUAUGGCGGUCGCCGGCACGAUGGGCAUCCAAAGUCAGGGAGCCCUCGCGUGCCCAAAGCAUUUCGCUGCGUAUAACCAAGACACGAAUAGGUUCGGUAAUGGCCCGGAAUGGGUAACAGUCGAUGCAGUGGUCGAUAAGAGGACGAUGCAUGAGCUUUAUCUGCCUGCCUUCAAGGCUAGUGUGCAAGAGGCAGAUGCGGCGAGUACACUUCGUCAGGAGUGGGGGUUCGAAGGGUUCGUGGUUGCCGAUUGGUAUUUCUCCACAAGAAGCACCGUUGCUGCUGUCAUGGCUGGACUCGACAUCUCAAUGCCGGGCGGAGAUCUGACAGAUAGUUACGGCUUUCCUGCAUACUACGGUGACUUAUUGGUGGAGGCUAUCAGUAAUGGAUCGAUACCACACGCACGACUUGACGAUAUGGUCCAGAGGGUUUGGCGAUACAUGUUCAAGCUUGGGCAAAUCGACAAUCCCGUGACCGGAGACUCGACAGCCCAUGUACGUACCCAGGAGCAUCUGGAUCUCGCACAGCGAAUGGUUGAAGAGGGUGCUGUUCUGCUGAAGAAUGACGAAAGCGCCCUGCCUAUCUCUCGAGACAAAUAUUCCAAGAUUGCAGUCUUUGGCAUCGGAGCAACCACCGAGAACCAGGUCUCUGAAAACCACGGUGGCUUCGUCAUUGACUCGACCAUGGUUGUUCAAGCACCCUUUGAUGCGAUCAAGCGUCGAGGAGACGCAGAAAACAUCACGGCCAAGUACUCCAUGGCGUACCCAGGCACUGGGCAGUUUCCCACCGUUCCCUCGAGCAUGUUCAGAGAUAGCGGCGUCAACGUCAUGUACUACAAGACAGCUGACUUCACCGGCCCCGUACACACCACUGAGAUGGUCCCCAACAUUACCAUUGCUACAUACCCACCAGAACUUUGGCGUGAAUACCCAGACGUAUUUUCGGCUGUUUACGAGGCGGUUUUCCUUCCAAACACCACAGGAAUGCACCACUUCUCCAUGUAUGGCCAGGGAACCGCACUGCUGUACUUGGACGACGUUCUGGUAGCCAAAAUGUCCUAUGCCAACUUCGGGAAUUAUGUUCAAGGUGCAACGUAUCUCGAGGCGGGAUCCGAGGUCAAGCUUCUAUUGAAAUACGACAUGGGCUACUCCUUAUCCACUGGUGCGUAUGGGAUCACUCUUGGCGUAGACAUCGGCAACCAAGCUCGAGACACAGCGGCCGACGAGCUGGCCGACGGCCUUGGACUCUCUCUACCUGGCGACCAGGAUGCCAUCAUCAGCCGGCUUGCCAGUAUAUCCAAGAAAACCAUUGUAAUCCUGAACACAAACUCGGCUAUUUUGAUGCCUUGGAUUGAGCAAGUCGAAGGCGUCAUGGAGAUUUGGUAUCCUGGCCAGCAGGUGGGGCUCGCGCUUGAGCGUCUUCUCUUCGGCGAUAUGAGCCCGAGCGGGAAGUUGCCAUUGACGUUCCCCAAGAACCUCAACGACACCAUACGCAUCAGUACCAACAUUGAAGUACCCUAUGGAGAAGGUCUCUAUGUAGGGUACAAAGCCUAUGACCGGAGCGGUAUCGAACCAUUGUUUCCGUUCGGACAUGGCCUGACAUAUUCCAACUUUAGUCUUUUUGGACUGGAGGUAUCUUCAAAUGACAGCGCCGUCUUAUCCAGAGUUACUUUGUCGAAUCAGGGAAAUACCAAGGCAAAAGAGGUUGUUCAGCUCUAUGUUGGGUUUCCGGAGGCUGCGAAAGAGCCACCAAAGUUGCUCCGAGCUUUUCAAAAGGUCGAGGUCGAACCUGGGGAGAGCAAGGCUGUAGAGUUGUUGGUGAAGACCGAUGAUCUCAUGGUGUGGAAUGCCUUCACUGAGGAUUGGAUGUUUGUGGAGGGCGAAUAUGAAGUUCUCGUAGGGUUCUCGGCGGGUAAUAUUCAAGAUAGACAGCUCGUGGACCUGAGUCGAGGCUAG